AUGUCACUUUUGGAGGGUAAGCUGUGCCAGGGAUCGGGCUGCGGCAAGCCGGCCUCCCUGCGAUGCCCCACUUGCCUCAAGAUGAACCUCGCCGACUCGUUCUUCUGUGAUCAGGAGUGCUUCAAAGCGAACUGGGGAAUGCACAAGGGCGUCCACGCCGAUCUCAACGGGCCCUACAACCCGUGGCCAAACUACAAGUUUACCGGAGAUCUUCGCCCGGCUCGUCUCACGUUCCGCCGUACAGUUCCGGAGCAUAUCCCGCGCCCGGAUUAUGCCCUCCACCCGGAUGGCGUGUCUUUUGAGGAGCGGGAGGCCAAGAAGAAUCGUGAUGUCAAGCUGCUGACCGACGAGGAGAAAGAAGGGCUGAAAGUGGCUUGUCGUUUGGGGCGUGAGGUGCUGAAUGAGGCUGCGAAGGCCAUCGCCCCGGGUGUCACCACGGAUGAGAUCGAUCGUGUGGUGCAUGAAGCUGCCAUUGAGAGGGACUGCUAUCCAUCGCCUCUUGGUUAUUACAAAUUCCCGAAGAGCUGUUGCACCAGUGUCAAUGAAGUCAUCUGCCAUGGAAUUCCCGAUCUUCGCCCGCUGGUCGAUGGCGAUCUUUGCAAUGUUGACGUAACCGUCUACCAUCGCGGUUUCCACGGUGAUCUGAAUGAGACGUUCUUUGUCGGAGAGGUGGAUGCCGAAUCGAAGAAGCUGGUCAACGUCACCUACGAGUGUCUCCAGAAGGCUAUCGAUAUUGUUCGGCCGGGCGUGAAAUUCCGCGAGAUCGGGAAUGUCAUCCAGAAACACGCGAAUGCCAAUGGAUUCUCGGUGGUCAAGGCUUAUUGCGGGCAUGGCAUCCAUCGUCUCUUCCACACGGCCCCCAACAUCCCCCACUAUGCCAAAAACACGGCGACGGGCGUGAUGAAGGCGGGCAACUCGUUCACGAUCGAGCCGAUGAUCAACGCCGGAAAGUUGAACGACGAUCGGUGGCCCGAUGAUUGGACCGCUGUUACGUCUGACGGCCGUCGUUCUGCCCAAUUCGAGCAGACGCUACUGGUGACAGAGACGGGCUGUGAAGUGUUGACGGCAAGACAGGGCGGACCUUGGUAUCAGGAGAAUAUG